GUCACACCCGUCCAUUUGCACCACUGGCUCCAUAGACCUGUCAUCGCUCGGACGUUGGACAUGACCCCACAUCGCAUGGAGACCAAGCAUCCGGAUGGACGGAAAACGUCCCGUCCCCGCUUCACGGUGGGGAGAUAGCUGUCCCCCUUCCCCUUGCGUGGGACGAACGCUGCCCCGAGGGUCAUGGCGAUCAAAUCAAGGCACCUAAUCAGCAGAGGAGCGAAGGAACCUCCCGCGAACCUGGGUCCUGUUAAACAGAUAAACCUGGUCCUUGCUCUCAGUCACGUCUGGUCAAGCUGGGCCAUUUCUUGUUUAACUCUGAUGAUUGUCGGCCAUCAGUUUCGUUAUCUUUUUCCAGUAAGAUAUCAAGUACCGCCAUCAUGGGCCUCGCCAGUCUGGCCAGUGUCCUCCUAGGACUCGCAGUGCUGUAUGUCCUGAAGCAGCUGCUGUCGUCUCGAUCGAACCAAUCCCCUUUGCCCCCGGGACCCAAGGGCAAGCUUCUCAUCGGCAACCUGGGGGAUCUGCCGCCGCCGGGGACGAAGGAUUGGGAACAUUGGGCCAAGUUCAAGCACUUAUACGGCCCCAUCAGCUCCAUUACCAUCCUCGGCCAGACGAUCGUCAUCAUAAAUGACGCUCAAGCCGCCUUCGACUUAAUGGAAAAGCGCUCAGCCAUCUACUCCUCGCGGCCGCGCAUGACGUUUGCCGGCGAAAUGAUCGGCUGGGAGGAUAUAACUGCCAUGCAACCCUACUCGGACAGGUUCCGCACCUACCGCAAGGUAAUGCAUCGCGUUCUGGGGUCCAAAGUGACCGCUGCGCGCUUUAACCCGCUGCAGGAGGUCGAGGUCCGCCGGUUUCUGCUGCGGGUUCUCGAUCGCCCAAAUGAUCUGGUGCAGCAUAUUCGGACAGAAGCGGGAGCGGUGAUCCUGAAAAUCGCAUACGGGUAUACGAUCGAGCCACACGGUCGCGAUCCGCUCGUUGAAAUGGCCAACGAUGCCAUGGCAAAGUUUUCAAUAGCGGGGACGCCGGGAAUAUGGUUGGUGGAUACGAUCCCCUGGUUGAAACACCUUCCCAGCUGGUUUCCAGGAACUGGGUUCAAGAAGACGGCGGCAGCAUGGCGAAUGACCCUCCUCAACACGAUUGAAAAGCCCUACCGGUUCGCGGAGGAGCAAAUGAGACGGGGGACAUACACCCCUUCGUAUGUUGCCAGCUUGCUCGAAGAGGACUCUGGCCAGUGGACAACAGAGGAAGCGCGAGUCGCGAAGUGGACGGCUGCAUCGUUAUACCUGGGUGGCGCCGACACGACCGUCUCCUCCCUCGCCUGUUUCUUCCUCGCCAUAGCGCGCAACCCAGACGCGCAACGCAAAGCCCAAGAGGAGAUCGACCGGGUGGUAGGCGUGCACCGACUACCCACCUACGCCGACCGCGAGAAGCUACCUUACAUUGACGCUCUCGUCAAAGAGACUCUCCGCUGGCACCCCGUCGCGCCCAUGGGGAUCCCGCACGCGUGUACCCAAGACGACAUGUACUCGGGGUAUCGGAUCCCGAAGGGAUCGUUGAUUCUGCCAAACAUCUGGGCCAUCACGCACGACCCAUCCGUUUACCCCGACCCGAUGGAGUUCCGACCAGAGCGCUUCCUGGGCCCGACUCCUGAGCUGAACCCGCAUACGCUGUCCUUUGGGUUCGGUCGACGCAUUUGUCCAGGGAAGCUGCUCGCCGAUAAUACCAUCUUUCUGAGCAUUGCGCAGUCUUUGGCAGUGUUCAAUGUCGGAAAAACAGAGGGAGCAGGGGAGGAGACGGGGUUCUUGCCGGGCGUGGUGAGCCAUCCAGAGCCGUACCAGUUGCGGGUUCGGCCGCGGAGUGAGGCGCAUGAGGCGCUGAUCCGGUCGGUGGAGGUUGAGCAUCCGUGGGAGGAGAGUCAUGCGAAGGAGAUCGAAAAAGUUUAGUAUGGCGUGGAGAGGGUUGGGUGCUUGAUUGUGAAGAUGGGUUGACUGUGGGAAGUGAACAAGUUGUUUUGGAGGAUUUCUCUCAAUUCGCUCUUGUACAUACCUGGUUUGAUAUUAGUCUUUAUCCUAUGUUAU